AUGCCCGACGAAGCGCCCGACGGCCCGCGCUCCGCCUCCGCCCGCGUCUCCUCCUUCCUCAUCGCCAACCUGCUGGGCGCCGACGCCAAAGCCGAGCGCAAGCCCGACGGCGCCCGCGGCGGCCACCCGGAGCGGCUGCUGCUGCCCGGCGGGCCGGCGGGCCCCUGCGCCCCCGCUUGCUGCCAGUGCCGCGCCGCCCGCUUGGCGCUGGGGCCGCCCGGCUACCCGCGCCGGGAAAGCGCCUUGGACUGGUACCGAGGCGCGCACGUGGCUUUCAUCGGAUGCGCCAGCCCGGAAACCAGCGACAGAGACUCGCCCGAGAUCCCGGAGGAGGCGGCCGCGGGAGGCUGCGCGCCCCUGGCCCCGGAGCUGAGCCCGGCCGAGCGGAGGGCGGAACUGGCCCGCGGCGGUGGCGGCGGCAGCAGCCGGAGCAGCCCCGCGGAGGAGCGCGGCGAGGAGUCGGAGGGCGGCGAGGGGCGCGCCCUGGGCGGCCGCAAGAAGAAGACGCGCACGGUCUUCAGCCGCAGCCAGGUCUUCCAGCUGGAGUCCACCUUCGACGUGAAGCGCUACCUGAGCAGCUCCGAGCGCGCCGGCCUGGCCGCCUCGCUGCACCUCACCGAGACGCAGGUCAAGAUCUGGUUCCAGAACCGCCGCAACAAGUGGAAGCGGCAGCUGGCCGCGGACCUGGAGGCCGCCCACCUGGCGCCGCCCGCCCAAAGGAUAGUGCGCGUCCCCAUCCUCUACCACGAGAACUCGCCCGCCGCCGCCGCCGCCGCCGGAGCGCUCGCCUGCUUCCCCCUGCAGCCGCCGCCGCCGCCCCACGCCUCGCCGCCGCUGCUCGCCUACCCGCUGGGCCCCUUCCCGGCCGCCGCCGCCGCGCCCUUCCUGCGCUCGCAGAUGCCCGGCCUGGUCUGA